CCGCUCUUCUCCGUUCUCCUCCGCUACUCAGAGGCAGAGGCCGCCUGCACUGGCUGCAUCAUUCGCAUGACUCUCCUUUCUCCUCUUGCCACCUUGGGUGGGUUUCCUCAAGUUCUGCCGUCACAUACCAGAAGUCAAAUAAUGCUCCCAUUCUUGAAGGCGUUACGCGUUGGGAUAUUACUGGUAUGUGGAUGAGAGCAAGGGAUCCGAAAGGAGACGGUCAAGUGGGGUCUGCCCCAGCUCCCACCCCCUCCCACCUUUGCUACUAAACACUCUAGCGCUAUCCCGUUUCUUCCAGACUUUCAAUCUUUCUUUAGUCACUUGGAACUAAAAGUCGAACCAAGCCGAACCGGCCGGAGCUGUUCCGAUAUUGUAAUCUUACUCUACAUCCGGCACGCCAUAAUCAAGUUAUAUAACCUGCAAGCACUUUCCAGUCCUGGUCAACAACCAAUCAAAUUCAUUUCAAGAUGUCGGCAGAAUUCACUUCCGCAGUUGUUUCCAACACAGGGAAGACUCGAUUUCGAGCAGCUCUGGAGCGAGCACGAGAUGGCGGAGCGCCAUGUGUAGGGCAAUGGAUGGAGUUUCCCGGAUACAAUUUAGCAAGAACAAUUGCUGAGCUAGGCUCUGAUUGGGUGUUGGUGGAUUGCGAACAUGGAAACAUUGCAGAUAAUGAGAUGUAUCUUGCCGUUGGUGCUAUUGCUGCAGCUGGAGCGUCUCCAAUUGUGAGAAUACCGGCAGGUGAGGCAUGGAUGAUGAAAAGAGCACUCGAUGCUGGAGCCCAUGGGAUCAUGAUCCCCAUGUGUGAAACCAAGGAACAAGCAGAAGCCAUCGUCAAUGGCAUGAAGUAUCCCUCGAAGGAGUGGCCGAAUGGUAUUCGAGGUGCGGGAGCUAUGUUUGCCCCUGCCUACUUCCAGCAAAAUGGCCAAGAUUAUUUGAGGCACGCGAACGACAACAUCGUAGUCAUUGUUCAGAUCGAGUCAAGAAAAGCCGUUGAGAACUGUGAAGAAAUCGCGGAAACGUCCGGAAUUGAUGCGCUUUUCAUUGACCCGAAUGAUCUUGCAGCUUCAAUGGGUUAUUUUGCUUUCGACCAUCAAAAGAUUGAAGAAGUGCAGCAAGCAACUGUGAGAGUUCUGAAGGCCGCGAAGGACGCUGGAAAGUUUGCAGGACAUUUUGCCUUGUCUGCAGAUAUCGCUGCACAAAGAUCCAAGCAAGGAUUCCAUUUCAUGAACUGUGGAGCAGGUAUCUCGGCAAUCACUGUCUGGAUGAGCAAUGAGAUGGCGAGAAUGAAGACCCUUAUGGACAAAUGAACUGGGAAAUAAAUGCAAGAAUAUAUAUUUGGUUAUCU